CGUUGCAGCAUCUCACAGAAGAUGAUGCGCAAAGCCAGGUUGCUAGUAGCUAUAGUCCUGCUCUCAAUAGCAGCGGGGGCACAUGCGGAUGAGCAUUCACACAAGUAUGAAAAAGGGGAAGAGGUUGUCGUCUGGAUGAACACAGUUGGUCCAUAUGACAACUUACAAGAAACAUAUGAAUUUCUUUUCUUGCCUUUCUGUCUGGGCUCAACCGAAAUCCACCAUCAUCAUGAAACACUGGGCGAGGCGCUACUUGGAGUUCAGCUAGUGAACUCUGGACUAGAUAUCAAGUUUCGAGAGAACAACAACAAAGGGAAGAUGUGCACUAGGAAGCUGAAUGCGGAUGAUGUGCGGCUUUUCCGACACGCCAUUCUUAAUAAAUAUUGGUAUCAAAUGUUUCUGGACGAUUUGCCUGCAUGGGAUUACGUAGGGACAAUUGAGGGAGAAAACAUGUAUUUGUUUACGCACAAAAGCUUUAGAAUAGCAUACAACGACGAUAAGAUCAUUGAGUACAAUAUGACCAGCAGCAAAAAGUUCCCCUUGCCCGCAAAAACCGACACAUCCACCGAAUUGACGGUGCCGUUUACCUACUCUGUUGAAUUUAUCCCAACCACACAAUCGUUUGCAACACGCUUCAAUAGAUAUCUUGAUCAGGAUUUCUUUGAACACAAGAUUCAUUGGUUUUCCAUCUUCAACUCAUUUAUGAUGGUUAUCUUCUUGUCCGGAUUGGUCAGCAUCAUUCUACUCCGCACUCUGCGACGCGACUACGCGCGGUAUGACAGAGAGGAAGGGCUCUUAGAUCUUGACCGCGACUUGGGUGAUGAGUAUGGAUGGAAACUCGUUCAUGGAGAUGUCUUCCGCGCCCCAACCCGGCUUGCGCUACUUUCGGCCUUUAUCGGAACAGGUGUACAACUCUGCGUUCUUUCCAUCUGCGUGAUCCUGUAUACCAUUCUUGGCGAUCUAUACCUGGAGCGCGCAACGAUGUUGACAGCUACCAUAUUUAUUUAUGCCUUGACGUCCAUGUUGAGCGGAUAUUCAAGCGGGUCGUUUUACAACAAAUAUGGAGGGAAGAAUUGGGUGAGCACGAUGUUAAUGACAGCGACGCUGUGGCCUGGAACAGUGUCACUUGUUGCGUUUAUCGUCAACUUCGCGGCCAUCUCAAUCACCUCAUCUCGAGCUAUCCCAUUUGGCACAAUGAUGGCGAUCUUGGCAAUAUGGUUGUUCUUAAUCUUUCCCUUGACGUUAGUCGGCUACGUUAUCGGCCGAAACUUUAGAAAAGCACCAGACUUCCCGUGCCGCGUAAAUCCUAUACCCCGCCCAAUUCCGGAUAAGUUAUGGUACGCGGAGCCCCCUGUACUGGUGGCGUUGGCAGGAUUGUUCCCAUUUGGUUCCAUCUUCAUCGAAAUUUACUUUGUGUUCCAGUCAUUCUGGUCGAUCAAGAUAUACUAUGUAUACGGAUUUAUGCUGCUGGUUUUCGUCAUGUUGAUCGUUGUUACAGCAUGUGUUUCGAUCGUGUCAACAUAUCUACUGUUGAAUUCGGAGGAUCACCGGUGGCAUUGGACGUCCUUUAUGUCAAGCGGGUUUUCGGCUGUGUACGUGUUUUUAUAUUCCAUUUACUAUUUCGUUUACAGGACCAAGAUGUACGGAUAUUUCCAAACCUCGUGGUACUUUGGCUAUACUGGCCUAGUCUGCUUUGGUCUUCUCAUCUUGCUGGGUACCGUUGGACAUUUAGCGGCUGAGAGAUUCAUCCGUCGCAUCUACAGAAAUGUGAAGAUCGACUGAAACUCGGAUACCGACGUCUCGUCGUUGUUUGUUCAUGGUAUAUCUCUUGUCAAGGGAUUGAAAUAUAUGCUUGCAUAGUUCGUUUUUGUAUUUUCGAUGAAUUAUAUUAUGUGUUGAUCAAAAGCAUUGGC